AUGCCAUCUUCCAUACUCCUCCUCAAUCCGAAUUCCAGCGAACAAGUCACAGAAGGGCUGCGCAGUCUAGUGGGAAACUGCAGCGAUGACGAGUGCAGUAUAACGACCCAAUCGGCACCGCCCGAGGCACCAAGGAGCAUCUACGACACCGCCAGUGGCGUAAAGAGUGCCAUGGAAUGUUACAAGCGCAACUACACGCAAUACGACGGUGUAAUAGUAGGAUGCUAUUCGAACCAUCCCCUCAUACCAAUGCUCCGCGAGCGGUACAAGUACAAGCAGAUCAUCGGUGUCUUAGAGGCUUCUAUCACCGCAGCUCUGCUAUCUCCCGCGAGGAAAUUCGGCUUUGUCACUACCUCCCCGCACUGGAUCGACGAGUUCGGUAGAGCUGUAGGUGAGACCCUCGGCAUUGGCGCCAACGCGUCAGAUCGCUACGUUGGAACCACCUGCAGUGAUUUCGAUGUCGUAGAAUUGCGUACUGCUAAAGAAAGCACCGUCAAUGCUAAACUUAUUCAUUGCGCUCAGGAUCUCGUACAGCGUGGCGCAAACACUGUUGUUCUCGCUUGCGCAGCCAGCGCGUAG